AAACAAUCGAGGGCACUCACAUGCAUGCAAACUUUCCUGAUCAGUUGGCUGACGGUUGUUAAGAUGCUCUCGAGAACAAUACUUUCAUUCUUACUUGAGUGAGGUAAGUUUUGUUUCGAAAAAUCAUCUUUUCGGUAGAGAGGAUAUUGAAAUUCUCGGCUUCAGCGGAGCACAAGUCAAUAUUGUGUUUAAGAUUAUGACAAUCUAAUCCCUUGCCAUACAAACUCUCACGCAGUCUCUAAACUUAAAGAAAGUCAAACACAAAACCAUCCGUCCUAAUUUAUUUUGUCCGACAUCGAUAGAUACUUCUGACAUGCCUGGGAUGGUUUAACAAUUGCUCUCAAAAGUGGAAAUCACAGCUACAUUUCUUUCCAAAUAAAUCUCUCUCUUAACUGAUUUUACGAUAUAAUCACUUCUUAAACAACGCAGGUAUUUCAACUUAUGCAAUCACAGUGACUGAGUUUGUUUAUUCAGUAUGAGGCAACUCACGUAUUUUUACGACAGCUAGGGCAUUCGGUCAUCACUAGAAACUUCUCUUGUUUUGAAUGAAGGCACUUAAAAUUAAAAUAACACUUAAAAUUCCCAUCUCAAAAUAAUGUAACCUAUAAGCGUUGUGGCUCACGAUGUUGCCUUUUCUCUCAACAUCACGUCGAAUUGUUAUGGUAGCGAGAUCUAGCCGUGUAGCUCACUACAGCAAAAAAAAGAAACGAGUUAAAAAUGUGCUUGCAGUGUAAACUAGCCUAGUAGCUCAAGUUGAACUUUUUCAAGAGAUUAUUAUUAUUUUAAAGUUGCGAAUUGCGGCAAUGUGAACGCAGUAGAUUUAUGCGAAAACGAUGAAUGAGGGUAAUUGAUUAUUUGUUCUAUUUUUUCCCUCAAAAGAAAAGCAAACCUCCGUUAACACGAAAAGAGAAGGCAGACCCUUGCACUUUCUUUAUUCGCGCGACGCCGCUUUUUUUCCGCUGACUCGACGAAAAAACAAUUGCAACAGGAAGUGCUAGCUUAAAGGCGACAUCUCGACUGAUAUUUAAUUCGAACUUAGUGCGUGGUUUACGGCUAUGAUCAUGAUUCUCUUUUUUCCAGAGGCCUUAGUUUCCCUAACUCUGCAUUCCAUUGCUAUUGUUCUGCUAUUGCUCUGCUCAUUAUAUCUUUUGUUUUGCUUCGUCUCCGUUGCCGAUUUGUUAAAGGUCUCUAAUCCACGACGGCGAUGGCAACGAUGACUUGGUAAAAAAAAAAAAGAUUUAAUGGCCUAUGAGCUCAGCACGUGCGUUUUUUAAAGUUUUGUAUAUUUCUUAGCCGUCUUCUGUAAAAAAAAUACAUAAAAACUAUGAAAUCAUCAAAAUUCGCCCUGUUGUGAGAACGGAAUCCCAAAAAGAAAUCUGUAUAAGUUCGCAUUCGGAACACAACGAUGCCCACAUACGUAAUGCCCGGAGUUGAGGGGACGAAUCGAUACGAACACGUAGACACUCCAUCUACCCACACGAUCGUUCACGAGCUGUGCAAUCGGAAUAUAACUGAUUCAGCUACCAGCUGAUCAUCUGAGUGUUGUGUCCCUUCAGUAAAUCGCGCAGAUGAUGGUGAAUCGAUCCGACCAUGCAAAAAAUCAUAUCGAGACAGAGACGAAGCAUCCAUUUACCACUGCAGAGUUCGCACUAAAAUUUCUCCGGCACAUGUUGUAUUCUGUUCUUGUGCAAGACACUUUAUCCUCACAGUGCCUCGCUCCAUCUAGGAGUUUAAACGGGUACCUGCGAACUGAUAGAAAAAAGAAAAACCUGAAGAAAUGCUGAGCAGGGAGUUGGGAAGGGGGGGGGAUGUCACGGACUAGCAUUCCAGCCAGGGGGAGAAUUGCAAUACUUCUUGUCACUUCACGCUACAGAAACAAGAAUAGGCUGUUGCUGGAUAGGUAUCUUGGCUUGAGUACAGAUUUAUCUCUAUAUGCACUCAAUAAGAAAUAAAUGGCGCGCAGAAGGCUUGAAUCGAGGUAAUGAAGAUUUUUUUUGUCUCCGCUUCAGACCGAGAAAAUUCCAACAUCGCUCUGUCAAUGUUCACAGUUUUAAUUUGAUCUUUCAUAACUACUUUGAUCCAGUCGAUCUGAUCACUGAGGACGCUUUCCGCCAAUAAUUUAAAAAUUUCCCGCUUUUAAUCCUCUACGUACAGGCCAUUUGCUCAAAUUAUCUAGUCAGUCUUCAUCAAUCACUCUUAUUAUCCACGGAACUUGCAUAAGAAGAUGACCGUCUCAUAUCUUAAAUGAAGAAAGGAAAGCCGCCACCACUGAAAGGCCCUUGACUCCAUGCCCCUAUCUACAUGAUUAAUGCUCCUUCCUAGUUUCCCAUGAAUAAAUUCUUUGAUAGCCAGUGAUUGGUUUUAAUGAGGUAAAGGGCUGUACAGUAACAACCCCCUUGCAGCUCUGCUUUUUAGGCUUGGCUACAUCUAAAUAUUAUCAAUUGUUCUUUUGAUUCAUAAAAGUUGAUCAUUAUUCUUUUUUUGACUUGUUCUACUUUCUAAUAGUCCAAUAUCUUCAUCAUGGGAAACUCUAUUGAUUGCUGUUACGCCACUCGUCAAUACAACCAGUGUUUCUUCCCGUGCAUUCGGUCGUGUUCGUACACCACUCGGCGAGUCUGGUACAAUUACGAUGGUUUGGAGACUGUGCAACCUUUGAUUGACAUCAUUAAGCCUGAGAAGGGUGUGAUCCGAAAGUUUCCGAAGUCACUAGCGGACAUCAAUACAGACAGAGAAAUAGCAAGUGAACUGGCAAUAGGUAAAGUAUCAUCACACAUCAAUGUGAAAUGGAAUGAUAUGUUAAUAUCACAAUAUUAAUGUUGAGGAUUGCUUUUCAUAAACCUGUAGAGAGUAGCUAAGAAACUAAACAAAUUUCAUUCUUCUGCAAAAUUGUAACCAAAAAUUUCAGUAUUUAACACUUGUUGCUCGAAAUUGGAAUAGCUACGGAGACCUUGGUGCUGAAAUACACGGGCUAAUGUAUCCAGAACUGGUAUUUAAGAAAAAAAGGUAAUUGUCACUCUCAGUUUGUGCUGAGAAGAAGUAAUUGGAAGUCUGGACACAAGGCUGACAGAGAGGAAAUUUUAAAACUUCUCUGCAGGGGGGGGGGGGAGAAAGUGAAAUUCGUGUUCGGGUGCCGAUCAGUGUCGAAGCUCUAAAGUGCAUGCAGGAGUCCAAACUUUUCGAGUGUAGGCCUCAAGAACUAGAUGAAAAGUUUGUAAACAGAACCAUUAGAAAGGAUGAAACUGUUUACACGCCUUUUGCAUGCUCAUCCAUACGAGUUUUUCACUGGAAAGAGGUGUUGAAACUGUUUGAGGAAUUUGUCUAGAUCUUGCCUUCACGAUUACCUGAGUACACGUAGAUAUGCGUGUAGUUUUCUAAAUAACAUUAACUAGCAAAGAUUUUCCUUCGAACUGAAGUUCUUGGAUAAAAUUUAAUAUCGUUAACUUUUUUAAAUCCGUAAAUCACACAGGCCUUGAUACACCAGGACAGCUGGCCGCUAUUUGUCGCUUUGCUAGUAACUACGGUUACCGUGUGCGAGCUGUGGGGACUGGGUCCUCAUGGUCGCGUUUGACCAGUACACGUGACAUUUUGAUUGACAUGACAAACUUGAACAGGAUUUUAACACCAAAACCUGCCAACAGAAAAGACAAUUUGAAGCAGGAGUUUGUAGAUAUUGAGGUGGAAGGAGGAAUGCAAGUGCAUCGCUUUGUGGAAAAGCUAGACAAGGUCUACGGGCUGGCGCUACCCAUGAUGGGAAAUUACGCUGGUCAGACAGUUGCUGGGGUGGCCUGUACAUCAACUCAUGGCUCGGGUUACUUUACCGGCACCAUGGUAUGUAUCACGUCUAGAAAGAAUUUAUUAUUACAGAUUUCGCCUUCUCUAUUUUUAUUCUUGUACCAGUUUUCAAACACAAACUUUUACCAAUCUGGGAUUGAAAAUGAUUUUUUUUAAACCCCCUUCUACAAAAUAAUAAUAAUAAUAAUAAUAAUAAUAACAAUAAUAACAAUUAUUAUUAUUAUAAUAUUUGAAUAAUGUAUUAGCCUCUCUCAGGAUAACAGGUAAGAUUGAUGCUAGCCUUCUUGGUCUCUCUUUUUAUAAUGGACUGGGCUUCCGUAACUAAUUAUUGUAAGCUAUGGUUGAUUUAAAUUUCUCCUCAAGAGAGUCUUGAUUAACGGUUGAAGUUUCAAGACUCAACAUUUUCAAAUUUCGAGCAUUAAAACUCCAAUAUUUAAUCAGUGUACUCAAAGAAGAUUACAUAGGUCGCAAAAUAAGCUAAAAAUUUUCCAAGGAACAAAUGCAAAGUAGUAACUCACGAAUGAAAUUACACAGAAUGAUAAAAGCAAAAUAGAGACGAAUUUACAGGAUUAUAAAGAAUAAACAGACGCCCUACACGAAGCUGCGUGAUUGUCUGCCAAGGAUCUUGUCAUCACUACCGGUAACCUUUUCAGAGCUACAUGGUGUACCCUCAGUCAAAUUACGUGACCUUCUUAACAAAAUUUUUAGCGUUCGUCUUACCAACGGCAACCUUAUAACUAUUUUUCGGGUUUUUUGUGGGCAGCUUUGUUUUUGUCACACAGCUAACAAAAAAUUAUAUUUCACUCUCCCCAGUCUACUUCAGUCGUCGGUUUUCACCUCAUUAUUUCAACCGGCAUCCAAGUGAGGCUGAGUCAUGGAGAAGAGACUUUUGACCAGUGUCAGGAAAAGAUCAAGCAUGCGCAGUUCGGGGGCGCCCCCGUUGAGUUGAAAAGCACCGAGGUGUUCAGAGCGGUAGCUGUGAGCUUGGGUUCGAUGGGAAUUAUUUACUCUAUUACAUACCGCUGUAUUUCCGUAUACAAGAUCGAAGAAGAGCGCACUGAGGUGAAAAUUCCAUGGCCCGGGAAAGAGAAAUUCCGCGUAAAACAGAAAUUUGAACCCAUGUUCACCAAUAGAGCGGAAGGAGAGUUUUUCUCGUUUUUUGUGAAUCCAUAUCCAGCGCAUAAAAGGUACCUAAAAUAAAAGAGAGAACGGUCUCAUAAGGGUUCGGUCAUUAUUUGUCACCUGUUGGGGGGGAGGUGGGGGGGGAUGGUGGGGGGGGAUUUGGGGGAUUUUGGUUACGUCACGAUACAAUUUACCAGAACCCCCCACAAAGGGUCUGUAAUAAUCUAAUGAUUCCCCCUCUCCCCCCCUACCCCACACACGCACACUGGCAGGUAUUUAGCAGUCUAUUUUCUAUACUCCCCCGAUAAUAACAUGUUAAACACGAUGGUCGGUUGCUAUGUAAAUUCCUCCCGUUGCUAUCUUAGAGGUCACGUGAUGACGCGUUCACGGCUUGAGCUGAUUUCAGGCGUCAAGCUAAAGGGCUUUUUUCAGUCGUUUAUUUUACAUUGGAUAAAGCUUACCAACCUUCUUUUUUUCAUAUUGAAUGACUAUGGCCUUUCACUUAUGGAAGAAGAAAGAAAAAAUCAGGUUUUUCGAAUGACUUCUCCACGAAACGGCUCGUCUAAGAUAGGUACGCUACCGGCUAGCAACGGGUUUACAGAAGCCAAUACGUCAACACAACCGCUGUGAUUUCUGUAUUUCUAGAGUCCUGGUACUGAGAGAACAAUUUUUUACUUAGGGGGCUCCACUGUUAAGACAAACGCAGAACAUAAACGAAGAAAAUACACCCAAAAUACCUGUCCUCCUCCCUGAAAAGUAUAAUUUUGACCGUUUAGUUACCGAGCGUGCCAUAAAUCGAAAGUUGAAAGUGGACUUUGGUGUAAAUGGCGUCGUUUUCGCCGAUUUCUUCGGAGGAAUCCAGGUAAAAAAAUGUCCUGUAAACUCGAUUUUCUCCGUUGAUCAGUUUAGGCCGCCAUCUUGAAUUUCCUCAGGCUCAAUGUCGAGUGUUUUAUUUCAUCUGUAGCCCUGAAGGAGACCGUAAAUGUUGCGGAAAAAGCCGAAAAUGCAGCAAAGGGAAAGGCCAUGUGGGCAAAUGUGAUUCGAAACGACAAGUAAAUCGUUUCUGGGAAACAUCGCCCAUUUUUAACAUUCAUAAGGAGCGCCAAACGCUCCAAGACAACUUUCGCCAUCUUCAAGUCCAAGAAGAUGCUUUAUCCAAGAAGGAGCAAGAUAUCUUGGCUUUACAAAGGGAGACAGAUUCUCUAGUGGAGGAAUCAGGUUAGUUUCCUACUUGUAAGUGGGUUAGUUGCGGCAAGAUAAACGGAAUUGAUUAUUAUUUAUUCAUUUAUUUGCCGUUUUGGAAUUGUCAUUAUUUUGAUGAUGAUUCCCUAUCCUUGUUUAUAGAAAUAGCACUGCAAAAAUCAAAAGGAGAGAAAGAGACACUAGAAAAAGAAAUAAGUGAAGCAGAGGAGACACUGAGAGAACUAAAGGAGGCAUAUGAGAAAGUGAAAAAGCUGUUGGAGCAGAAGGAUUAUUCCCGAAGACGAAGGAGUGCUGCUAGCACAUCAUAUGAAAUGAUUAAUGAUUAUAAGUCGAGCACUAGAUAUAGGAGAAGGGAAGAAACUAAAAACAUUUUAGAAUUUAUUCAUGGGGGUUUUGGAGCUUCAUUGUAUGGGGCAUGGGAUUUUUGGCUGCCAAUGCAAGUAAUGAAACCAUGACCAAAUUAAUGAGUAGUUAUAAGAGGGGCCGAUUUCUUCAGGGUAUUUUUGAGAGAGCCAUUAAUGAUUUUCAGAAGUCAGAAGAAGUUCUGAAACAGUCUGUGGCACUUAAAUAUCAGAGUUAUUUGUCUAGAAGAAAGUAUAAUCUCGUCUGUAAAACACAAAGUUCAUUUUUUAAUGCUGAAAAAGAAGUCUGGCUGCCACGUAACAUUAAAUGUCUUGGAGUUGACUUAAGGUUACCCAAGCUCAGCUUCUCAGAUGACAAUGUUGACAAGUUUGUGAAAAGUUUAGACAUUGGUCAUGUCACACAGAUCCCAGGGGUAUCACGUGUUUCUCACACAGUCACUGGCCUGGUGUUUAUGAUUAUUGAUUUGCACUUGAGAGUUCCCUAUCUUUCACGUAAACUUGCCUGGUUCAAUGAAAAUGAAAAUCAUUUUAUUUUUCAGUUCUCAGAUGAUGGAGCUCCUGAAACAAAUGAGCUGACAAUGUCAAUAGGAAGUAUGGUGUGCUGGAACUUUGGAGAUCAGGUACGAAGUAGGGACUUCCAGUACCUCCUCCACUGUGUAAGUGUAAAAGAGAAAGAUCAAAUAAUGCAUGACCUCUGGAAGCAGCACACUGAAGAGAUGAAAAUGUUGGAAGGUAAUGUUUUGACUGUUUGUGAUAAGGAGUGCACUGUUGAAUUUCAGCCAGGAGCAGACAUGUCCUGGCAGAGCUGGGCUGCCAAUGAACUCAACCAGGCAGCUACAUAUCCUUCCCCAUAUGCAAAUGUUCAUAAAGGAAACAUGAACACUAUGGGGGGUAGUAUUGGAGUGGGUAAAGAUGACACCUGGAAGCCUUACACUAUGGAAAUGAGAACCUCUAAUACUGAGAAGGUAAACAAUUUUAUCGCCUCUCUUCCCCCAAACCUUUCAGAAAAAAAUAAAAAUUCCAGAAAGUUGCAGUUUAUGGCUGAAAAUGGCAUCCGACAGUUAGGUCUACCAAGGAUUGGGCAUUUUGCAGACAAGUUAAGGCCAGAACCCAUGCACUGUGAGAUCAAUGCCUGGCAGCAUUAUAUUGAUCUCCUAUAUUUAGAGGCAGUAAGAAGAGGAAAGUUUGAUCCUUUUGUUUCUGCCCUGGCAGCACCUAUAGGGAAUAGAGAUGGAGAUGUUAAGGAGGGACAACCCCAAAAGACUCUUUUGAGGGUUUCUGAUAUAGACAGUGUUGGGGAGCGUGCCAGAAAGCAAGAAAUGUUGCAGAAAUCAGAGGAGGACCUAAAACAAUACCUGCAGAAGACAGGUUUUCCUCAUGUAAGGCAUGCAACAGGUGAGGGGGGGUGUGGACUGGGAUACUUGGCUUCAAGAGUAAAAGAACAUUUUAGUGAUGAAACUAACAGGUAUAAAAAAUUACCAGUUAGGCUUAUUGGCAAUCAAGCUAUUGCAUUGGCUCGAUAUUACUACCGUUUAGUUGACACUUUAGAAAAUGAAGAUGAAACAGAGGCACAAACAAUCCAACGACUGGCUCUUAGCAAGAUAGGUGAGUAUCUGAGGAAUGCUGGGGGGCUUUUUAAUAGAAUAGAGACCAAUUCUGCUCAGGUUGCAGAACUGAAAGAAAUGUGUAGUAUGUAUUUUAACCUGAUGUCUUUGUUUUUUUCAUCCAGUGUUAAUGUCACAACAUGGACAAUUGGAUAUGCCAUUCCCUAUCAUGCAAAUUUGCUGUUUACAAGGUAUGGGGUGGGCUAUGGCAUUGUCUCUUUGCAGGCUAAAGAGGCCAAACAUUCUGGUGUGAAGGAAGAUUUGACCUUAACUAACCGGUCAAAUGUAAGUACUGCCACUGGUAAAUGGUGGCAAGUAAUGCGAAGUAAUUAUGUUCGCUCAUUUUACCUCCCAGAACAUCAACCAAUGCCCUCUUCUUGUAUCUCACACUACCAAUCACGUUCUCCACCACACUGUCACCAAUCAAAUGUUUGUAAUUGUGGUAGAAAUAAAGAAAACGAUUUGCUCAGUUGUCAAGUUUGUUUCUCCAGUAUGAACCUUGUGACUUGUGCAAGCAGCAGAGGUCUGACAGAAUCAGUGUUGUGUGCACUAAAACCUGUUGUCUGUAAACAGUGCAAUACUCGCUUUGCUGAUAACUUGUCAUUAUUGUCUCAUUUAAAGUUUUGCAAUGCCACUGAGCUAAGAAAGGUAGCUAUACAGCCAACUUUGAUGACAGUACCUAGUUUAAAGGAAGCUUUACAAAGUAGAGGAUUAAGCACUGCAGGUACUAAGGAAAUUCUAAUUAAGCGCCUUGAAGGUGCAUUGGCUGGGGAGGGGUAGUUGAAUUAUUUUUUAAUCAACAGUUUCAAUCUCUCAAAAUAUUUGAUUUUCAAGUUAUUUUUCUUGGCCAAGUUGGUGCACAAUAAGUAUGAUAUGUUAUGAGAAUGAUAACUAGGCUCUCAACAAAUUCUGUGUACCAGUAAUGUGAGUAAUAUACCUACUUCAUAAGAAAAAUAUAUUUAAAUUGGUGCAAAGUUUUUUAAAUUAGCUAUGUUUGUCAGAGAGGUUAAACCUGUCCAAAUGCAAAAGUACUGUUGUCACUGAUAUCACUUGGUAUGCACUGAUAUAUUACAUUUAAAACUUUAUAAACCCAUUAUUUUUUUUACUAACUUGCAUUUUAGAGGCAGGGUUUCUGCUCUAAUGAAUUUAUGGAAUUUUGUACUUAAAGGUUUGGCCACUUAAGCCUUUACAUGCUAACAACAGCAUGAAUAUUCUCUAUACUGUUCUCAAUAUAUUUUACAAGGUGUUGACAAGGAGAAUUUGCUAAAUAAUCAAGAGCUUCAUUAGUUAAUAAUUAUUUCCCUCAUUCUUGUGACCUUAUGUUUAAUUUGGGGUUAAUAUUGUAAGAAGAACUUAGAUUCUAGACAUUGUAAGGGGUCAAAGGGUCAAUAACUAGUGACCCAGCAUUUUGCUUAUGUGGACACAAUACAUUUGUUUUAGUAACGGAUUUGUCUCAAAUAAAAGGUAAACGAAUUUGCAGCUUGAUAGUUUUAAGAGUAAGAUGAAGUAUACACAGAUAAAUGAAAUUUGUAUCUAAAAGGAGUAAUUCUGUAUACUGAUAGAUAAUUUCAUAAAUGAGUCAGACAUCAUUGUUAGUCAAAUAAUAAAAAAGCUUUCAGCUAUUAUGUUUAGGUAAAACCAUAAUUCUAUUAAUUCACUUCAAUGUAUUACAGUCUACAAGAUACGAAGAUUAAAUUUUAAAAUAUCUGCUUGUAUUAAAAACAUGUUUCCUUUAGAACUUUGUUUCAGAUUACAUUCAAGGUUGUCAUUCUUUUGAUGUAUGAAGUUUCGUGACAAGGUCUAACAAAACAUUAGCAAGUCCUACUGUUAAUUAACUGUCAAGCUAGAUAGUGUUCAAAUUCAAUAGCUUUUGCAAAUUGGAGUCCUUUGCAAAUCCUUCUCGAUCAUAGCGCUGCACGCAAAAUGUGGUUACUACCCUUUGUUGUUUUGUUGAAUAAACCAUUUGCAGCGGCGUAGUUGGUGUUACAACAACAAUUGACUUGCCGCUGUAACUUUGAAGCACGCGACCAUCCUCGGGGAUUUUCUCGAAGUGCCGCUUCUUGAGAAAAUUCUCUCCUUUAAAUCUCGCGGGAGACCAAAUUUUUUCUGCAGUGUCGAGCCUUUGGAAAGUUAGCGUUAUUCUCUCACCAUUCUUGGUUGUGUCCGCGCUUCCCCCGUAGCCUUGUACUAAAACCCAGAUAUGUUUAAAGAUUUGAAAUGGCAUAAAGAGAGUGAUGGGCGCCAUAAGACCGGUCAUUCUAGAGCGAGCGAGCUUCGCAUUAAUAGAGAGCCCGAUCUCCUUUAGGAAGCCAUCCACCAAGGGACCUACAAGCUCCAACUUGUUGCCUGUGAGCUCUUCCAACACGGGAUCAAGGUCUCUCAUCCCGUAAUUAGGUUUAUUUUCUGCGAAACGAACCCUCCUCAACCAUUCUUUCUCCGCAGAGAACUUCAUCUCUACGGAGUUGGUAUUCCAAAACCGGUCUCCUCUCUCUGUUUCAUCCUCCAUGCCGAAGUGCCUUAAACAGAGUUUGUUUGAUGUGCUCGCGCUGUUAUUAUUUGCCGCCAUUUUUGAAUAGGCCUUUACUUUUCGUGCCAACUGCCGCUGAUGAUUUCUGCGCCAGUGCGCAUCAGAGUUGCGGGAGGAAAACCCAUGGCAACCGACCAUCGUGGUUGGUGGCGACUGAUCCUUCUCCCCCCCUCAGUUCGGCCUGAAAUUCAUGUCAUCCUCCCAAAGUCCUCCCACAGCCACCCACCCAGGUGAUAGAUAUUGACAUUUAAUGAAUGAGUUUUUUUUGUAUGCUCUAAGGUUUACAGAAUUCAUACCGCAGUUGACAAGAAUCGAAAUUACCAGUAAUAAUGUUUUCAUGGGAUCUAGAAAAACGUUAAAAGCACCUUUGCUUAGUUUUUAAUUUGUCAUGGAAAAGGUCUUACCUUAUAGUUUAAUUUACAUCCAACUUUUCUACAAUAAGUAAAUAAACAAUUUUGAAACAGAACAAUGCAGAAAGUUGCAAAUCGUUACAUGCAAUGAGGGCCGCUCUAUCUAUGUUAGUGCUUUAUUACCUCGGAUCUAUAGCUGUAGAAGCAAAAUUGAAUUUACCUUAUAUACCUUUUUUUUAAUGCAGAUUCUUGUAUGCAGCCUACCUAAAAGGGAAGAGAACAUCCCGCCGAUCUACAUGCUGCGCCUGCUGUUCUUGGUGGUGUUGUAAAGGCGGUAGAGGAUGCGCAGAUGUGGAAUGUGUACAGACAGACUGCAUAGCGUCAUGUCUUCAAACAUGCGCUUCGUGUUGCCCAACUAGAAUACCAGAUAUCACAAACUGUGGUGUUUCGCAGUUCUCUCGUGAGCAUUCCUACGUGCAGAGAUGGUACAAUGUGCUACAAUUCACCAAGGGAAACAUGCAGUGAGUGUUAAGAUGAUGUUUAUAGAACUGACAUAGACAAUUAAUAGAAUUAUAUGAAAUAAAACAUAUGUGGACUUUUGAAUGAAAUUCAAAAAGAGAAAUGGGCCUCGCAGGUGAGCUGUUAUCAAUUAGGUACAGCUUCAAGUUUUGUCGAAGUUUUUUUUUUAGGCUAUUUUUUCCGCAGUUAGCUCGCGAUGAUCGUUUCUAUAUCUUAAGAGCAGAUAGGGAUCAGUCAUUAUUUAAAACUGGUAAAAAGGGAAUAGGAAAUUGGAGGAGCGAAGGGGGAAAUCAGUACGUCGUCACUAAUGGAGUAUAAACGGGGACUGUUAUAAACUAAUGACCAAUCCAGCGAGGAAAAGGAGCAUGAUGACGAUUUUGUUCAGGCUGAUUUGGAUAAACGAGGUACAACUAAAUUUUUAGCAGAUGUUCACCUAUCUACGACAGUUAUUUUCGUUCCUUUAUGAGGCGUUAAGUGCUGUGUUGUAAAUAUACACCACCUGCAUAUAUUUUUGACGUUGGUAUUUAUACAUAACCGUGAGAGAAAUUUACAGUUGCAAUGUGAAAAGAUCAUUAAAAUACCAAAGAGCCGUAAGAGAGGAUCAGGUAAAUUUAAUUGGGACACGACCACCAUCUUGAUAUUAAACGCCGUUUGUAUCUCGCCCUUUCAGCGUGCGCACAGCUGAAUUUUGUCUUCCGCUGUCCCAGUUGGACGAGGCUUUGGGUGACGUCAUUGAAACAGCCAAUCAGUACGCCGAUAAGUUUUCCCAGUACUCUUUGCUACCCAUUUACGUGCGAAUAGUAAAGACAGACGAUUUGUAUCUGAGUCCAGCGAACGAGAGAUGUCCGCAAGGAGGACAACACGACCACGCGUGUUAUAUUGAGGUAAACAACGAUCAAGUGGAAGGGCGCAUAUGUUUUAUUGCUUCAUUUAUAUUUUACAGUGCUAACUGUUCAUUACCGGGGGCGGGUUCAGAUACUUGAUAGGGGGGCGGGGGGAUCCAGACUCACGCCCACAACCCCAUCCCCAUUCCCCUGCUUUCGCAACCACUCGGCUGCACUGCUUUCCUCAAAAUAAUAUUCGACUUCUUCCACUUCUCAGGUUCCAUUUUUACCGGGUGCAUUUGGCAUUGAGGAGUAUCACAAGACCAUUGAGGACAAACUGUUCUAUAAAUACAAAGCACGACCUCACUGGAGUAAGAACAACCACCUCACCACAGGGAGGGUCAUUGAACUAUACCCAGAGCUUGAACAAUGGAAAAAAGUCUUUAGAAUGUUCAACUCCACUGGAAUAUUCUGCAAUGAAUUUACACAUAACAUGGGCUUCGACACGUGUAUUGCAGAUCUCGUAAGACCUAGGAACGCACCGGGUAUUGGGAUUGAAAAUAACGGUCUUGAAAUAGAAGAUGUCAUUACAGUUGAACCAAUAAAUUGA